AUGGGAAUCUCUGGACUGUUGCCAUAUGUAAAGAAUGCUUGUCGAACGGUGAGUCUUAUUCAAGUUAUCGCAACUCCCAACAAAUCACGGUUUUAGAGUAAUAUUCGAGAAUUAGCUGGAAAAUCAGUGGCAGUGGAUGUUUCGUGUUUUUUGCACAAAGGAUUGACGGGUUGUAUGGAUAAAAUACAUAUGGGUGAAGAUACGCAAAGUUAUUUAUAUUAUGUCGAAAAAUUCAUACUUGUAUUGCUAAAAAUGGAUUGUCAUGUUGUUUUGGUUUUUGAUGGGCGGCCGUUGCCAGCAAAGAAAUUGACGAAUGAUUCGAGAAGAGAAACGAGAGAUGCAAAUAUUCAAAGUGCGGAAAUAUUAUUAGCGAAAGGAUUAGAAAGAGAAGCAAGAGAUAAAUUUCGAAUAGCCACCAAGAUUUCACCAGAAAUAGUUGAGAAUGCGAUACGGUUUUUUAGAAAUCGAGAAAAUGUUGAUAUUGUUGUUGCACCUUAUGAAGCCGAUGCUGAAUUGGCGUAUCUUAUGAAAUCGAAAUUAGUUGAUGCUUUGAUUACCGAGGAUUCAGAUUUGAUUGUUUUUGGGUGUGAGAAAGUGAGUGGAAAAUAUUUCAAAUCAAUAUUUAUUAUAGAUAUUCCAAGUUUCAGAUCUAUUUCAAAUGGCAAAUUGCGAAUGGUGAAUGCACUGUUUACGAACGCCAAAAUCUAUCAAAAUGUUUUACUGGCGAAUUAUCCGGCGAUAAAUUUGAUUUCAUAAAAUUCCGACGAAUUUGUAUUUUAUCAGGAUGUGAUUAUAUUCCAGCUGGUUUGCCAGGUGUUGGCCUAUCAAAAGCCACAAAUUUCUUUCAAAAAACAUCGAUCACUGAUUUGCCAACACUUCUCAAAAGGAUUCCAAGUUAUCUCAAUGCUCCGAAGCUGAAAAGUCUGAUCACUUCUGAAUUUAUCGAGAAUUUUGAUCGAGCUGAAAAAACAUUCAAAUAUCAAAUUGUUUUUGAUCCAAGAGAAAGAACCCAAAAACCAUUUGAAAAUGAUGGAUUUUCGGGAGAAUUUCAAAUAUUUUCUGGUGAGAUUUUGAAUCAAAAAUUGGCACAACGAUUGGCAUUAGGAAAUGUGAAUAUUGAAAGAGAAAGUAUUAAGGAUGAAUUUCUACUUGGAGCAAAAAUUGAGAAAUGGAGUAUUUGGUCAGCAGAAUAUAUAUCAAAAGGAGCUCAAAGAGCACAAAAACAAUUAGAAGAAGAGAAAAAGAAAACAACGUGUUGUGCAUUUAAACUAGAUUCUAGUUCAGUUCAAAAAAAGAAAAGAAAAAUCGAAUUAAGUGAUGAUGAAGAUGAUAUUGUAAAACAAUUUAUGGAAGAUGUUGAAAAUUCACCAAAAAAGAAAAAGAUGAAAGUAAUGGAGCCAAUUAGUGACUCACAAUCAUCGAUAACUCGAAAAAGUUUGGAAAUUCUGGAUAUUAUUGAAUUAUCGCCAGAGAAAAUUGAGAUUUUGGAGGAGAGAAAAACAGAGAAAGUUGAGAGGAAAUCUGAAAAAGCUCCAGUUUUGAGGCCAACGAAAUCAUCGCCAGUGAAAAGAGCAGCCGAGGAGGAAGUGAUACAUGGUGGGUUUAGUGGGGUUAUAGAUUAGUUUUCGGACCUCAAAAAAUCAGAGACUUUUUUUUGAAGAAUUCAAUAUUUUGCUAGCAAUUUAAAAUUUAUUGAAUUUUUUUGAAAAUUGUUUAAAACGUAUUUUUUCUGUGAAACAAGUGUGCAAAUUAUUUUUAAGUUUGGAAAAAUUUCUGACACGUGGCCCACAUAAAAUCUGCUUCAUUUUUUUCUAAUUUAUGUAUUUUCCAGAAACUGAACUCCGACCUCCACCAAUUCUCCGAAAAACCAUUUCCACUCCAUCCACUUCAAAACAUGAAAAAUUUGCGAAACUCGAAAAAUUCAAAUCUCCAAUAAUAUCUACUGAAUCUCUAAACUCGCCAUCAACUUCCACUUCUUCUACUAAGAGAAUUCUUGGACAAAGCAAAUAUUUUACGAAAAACUCGCCGAAAUUAUCAAAUCCAUUUCGAUGUCCAGCUUUCAUCAAACCCUCACCAACUCCUCCUCUCGAAAAAUCUACUGAAAAUGCUGAUAAACCUGAAAAUAUUGAUGAAAAAGUGGAAGUUACGAGUCCAUUUCAAACUGUUGGCUUCAAAACAACCGGUUUACGCAGAAAAAACUAG